GUGCAAAGAGCUGUCCCCAGCCAGCCAUUACGACGCACGCCGCCGUGCCCAUCCAUCCUGCGGCCACGCCUGCUUGCCUCUUCUUCCUCUUGCCGGCCACUCUUCCUCUAGUGCCUCCCGCCAUUCCUCAUCUUCCAUCUCAUCUACAUCUCCUUUCCUUCCUCGUCCAUCCCCCCGUCCCAGACAGUCCCCCUCUCCGCUCUUUCAUCUCCACACCAGAAGUGCUCUCGAUUCGGGCUGCUGUCGUCCACCUUCCCUCAGCCAGAGUUCCAGGGACGCCCUGUUGUCGACACCAUGGCGUACAACGGCGGCCAGAACAACGAGUACGAGGGCCAUCGUCUCCAGGAUAUGCCUCCUGGAAGCUCGUACCCUCAGAACGAGUACGAGGAUGAGACGUCUCGCCAUCUCCUCGGCCACAACCAGCCCUACGACCAGGACCGGCUCGGUGCUGUCCACAACCCCCCAGACCGGCCUGUCUCGGCCUACAGCCUAACAGAGUCAUACUCGACCCCGAAUCCACAGCAGACAACCACGGCACCCCAAUAUGGCGGUGACUAUGGCGAGGGUGGCUACUCGAGCGGCUACAACAACGGCUACCAGGGUGGUGGCUCUCUCGAGGAGACCGGCUUCGGAUACGGCAGGCCCGCGUCCACAGUUGCCUCGACAGUCGAUGCCGAAGAGGGCUGGCUCCGCCGUCAGCAGACGCAGAGAGUGGCUCCUGGCGGCAUCAAGCGUUACAAGACCAGAAAGGUCAAGCUUGUGCAGGGCUCCGUCCUGAGUAUUGACUACCCCGUGCCGAGUGCCAUCCGCAACGCCGUGCAGCCCCAGUACCGUGACCAAGAGUCCGGCACUGGCGAGUUCACCACUAUGCGUUACACGGCCGCCACUUGUGACCCUAACGACUUCACGCUGAAGAACGGUUACGAUUUGCGCCCUAGAAUGUAUAACAGACACACUGAGCUGCUCAUUGCCAUUACCUACUACAACGAGGACAAGGUCCUGAUGGCCCGUACCCUGCACGGCGUCAUGCAGAACAUUCGGGAGAUUGUCAACCUCAAGAAAUCCACUUUCUGGAACAAGGGCGGCCCGGCCUGGCAGAAGAUUGUCGUCUGCUUCGUCUUUGACGGUAUCGACAAGGCGGACAAGGAGACCCUGGAUGUUCUCGCAACCGUGGGUGUCUUCCAGGACGGUGUUGUCAAGAAGGACGUCAACGGCAAGGAGACAGUUGCCCACAUUUUCGAGUACACGACCCAGCUCUCAGUCACACCCAGUCAGCAGCUCAUUCGGCCCACCGACGAUGGUCCUCAGACCCUGCCACCUGUGCAGAUGAUCUUCUGUCUGAAGCAAAAGAACACCAAGAAGAUCAACUCUCACCGCUGGCUGUUCAAUGCCUUCGGCCGCAUCCUCAACCCCGAGGUCUGCAUUCUGCUCGACGCGGGAACCAAGCCCGGUCCCAAAUCGCUUCUUGCUCUGUGGGAGGGCUUCUACAACGACAAGGACCUUGGCGGUGCUUGUGGUGAGAUUCAUGCAAUGUUAGGCAAGGGGGGCCGAAAGCUCAUCAACCCGCUCGUCGCCAUUCAGAACUUUGAGUACAAGAUCUCCAACAUUCUCGACAAGCCCCUGGAGAGUGCCUUCGGCUACGUCUCUGUGUUGCCCGGUGCUUUCUCGGCCUACCGUUUCCGUGCCAUCAUGGGUCGCCCUCUGGAGCAGUACUUCCACGGCGAUCACACGCUGUCCAAGAUUCUCGGCAAGAAGGGUAUCGAGGGCAUGAACAUUUUCAAGAAGAACAUGUUCUUGGCCGAGGAUCGUAUUCUCUGUUUCGAGCUGGUCGCCAAGGCUGGCUCCAAGUGGCAUCUGAGCUACAUCAAGGCUUCCAAGGCCGAGACCGAUGUACCCGAGGGUGCUCCCGAAUUCAUUGGUCAGCGUCGUCGCUGGCUGAACGGUUCCUUUGCAGCCUCCAUCUACUCGCUGAUGCACUUUAGCCGCAUGUACAAGAGCGGCCACAACAUCAUCCGCAUGUUCUUCUUCCACAUCCAGCUUCUCUACAACAUUGCCAAUGUCGUCUUCACCUGGUUCUCUCUGGCUUCAUACUACCUUACCACCACCGUCAUCAUGAACCUGGUCGGUACGCCUACACCUGCCGGCCCCAACACGUCAGAAAGGCACGGCUGGCCCUUCGGAGACACUGCCACGCCCAUCAUCAACAUGGUGCUGCAGUACCUGUAUCUUGCCUUUGUCAUCAUGCAGUUCAUUCUUGCGCUCGGCAACAGACCCAAGGGUUCCAAGUGGCAGUACAUUGCGUCCUUCUUCUACUUCGGUUUCGUCCAGCUCUACAUCCUCUGCCUCUCGUUCUAUCUGGUCAUUGCCGCGCUGUCACCGUCCGACGCAUUCCAGGGCACAUUUGGGGACAACAUCAAGAAUAUCUUCUCAGGCCAGUCCGAAGUCGCCCUCAUCUUGCUGGCGCUCUUUUCCACUUUCGGUCUCUACUACCUGGCCUCGUUCAUGUACCUUGACCCGUGGCACAUGUUCCACUCGUUCCCUUACUACUUGAUCCUCAUGUCGACGUACAUCAACGUUCUCAUGGUCUAUGCGUUCAACAACUGGCACGAUGUCUCGUGGGGUACCAAGGGUUCGGACAAAGUGGACGCACUGCCAUCUGCUCAGGUUGUCAAGGACAAGGGAGGCGGCGACGUCGCUAUUGAGGAAGUCGACAAGCCCCAGGAGGAUAUCGACAGCCAGUUCGAGCAGACCGUCAAGCGUGCUCUUGCGCCUUUCAAGGAGGUUGAGGAGCCCGAGGUUAAGGAUCUCGAAGACUCCUACAAGUCUUUCAGAACGUCUCUGGUUAUCGCCUGGCUCUUUUCCAACACCGCACUCAUUGUGGGUGUUACUAGCGACAGUCUGACGACCCUCGGCAUUGGUGGUAACACUACCGAACGCACUGCCGGCUUUUUCAAGACUCUCCUUAUCGCCACCUCUAUUCUCUCCGUCAUCCGUUUCAUCGGUUUCCUGUGGUUCUUGGGCAGGACUGGUAUCCUCUGCUGCUUCGCGCGGCGGUAAAGUGACUACACGAGCCGAUGCAUACCGGCAGCAGAUAGAAUUUGGCAUAGUGUGUGCAGGCAGAUUUUGCCUUGGAGAGCAUAGUGCGGGCCCGAUUUUGUGUAUUGUGUGCAGGAUAGAAGGGGCUUGCCGCGUGCUUUGGCCGGACAUUGGGGCGAGCGAGAAAUUGUCAUUCAGUGGUGAACAAAAAGUUGUCAACCAAGAGCUUGCCGCGACGAGGAUUGAGUCCCGUCACGGCUUGGAGGCUCUGGGGUUGAGAAUCUUGAGAUGCAAGAUACCAAUCACAUAAUUUUACCUUUUG